AUGGUCCGCGGCGCCGAAUACGACAACGGAGUUCCCCAGUCCGACAACGCCAUUGAGGCUGGCGAGACUAAGGCCCACGGUGUCGGCAACAACGAUGCCCCUCUGAACCACACCCAGAAGGUCGCUCCCAUGCCCGAGGAGACUGGCUCGCAGCGCAAUGAUGUCUUCCCCGGUUUCAGCGGCGCCCGCCCUAACCACUCUGGCAGUGGCAAGGGUGGUCACGAGCCCAAGACUCUGGGUGAGAACAAGGGUCUUGGUUCCCAGCCCGGCGUUUAA